AUGGAGCAAAAUGGUCAGACACAAAACAGCAUAAACAACGCAAUUUUAGACAGAUUUUUAAAACAACGAAUAUCACAACGUGAAGACAUGUAUACUUCAUAUGAUACCACCAAAACUAAUCUAAGAACCUCCACGAGCCCAAAAAGUCGCCGGAAAACCAAUAGAUCUCCUCAAAAACACCGCAAAAAUAAUUUAGAUUACAAUUACUGUAAUGGAAACGCCAAAAUGUCGAUGGAAAACGAAGAUUGCAAAAUGGCUGAUUUUGACAAAAUGACAGCCGAUGAUGAUUAUGAUAAAAUGGCGGAUGGGGGAUUUGCUGAUAAUGCAUCGUCGACGGAUUUCGAUAAAACAAUGUCCUCGUCAGGUGAGGAAGAGCAGCAUGUCCUGAAUCCUGUUUUGGGGAAAUUGGGACAUUGCUCUGGUGAUACCUCGAUGGGGUGCCUGGCGUGGGCUUGCAAGGCUUGCAAAAGGAAAACUGUAACUGUUGACAGGAGGAAAGCUGCCACUCUGAGGGAAAGGAGACGAUUGAGGAAGGUGAACGAAGCGUUCGAAUUAUUGAAGCGACGGACGAGUACGAAUCCGAAUCAAAGGCUUCCGAAAGUCGAAAUUUUGAGAAACGCCAUAGAAUAUAUUUUGAAUCUAGAAGACCUUUUAGAGACGUCGUCUGAAUAUGAUUCACCGUUAAAUGGAAUUGACACAUCAGGAAACUCUUCUCCGAUAAAUGGGAUGAAUCAAACAAAUUACUUGAUGUUUAUAAUGGUUGUCUUCUCGUAA